AUGGCUACCGACCCAGACGGCGACUCCCAAAUGGCCUCAUCCCCCGAAUCCUCCCAAGCUCUCUCCGAAGACUCCCACCCCGGCACGCGCACCCCCACCAACAAGCUCUCCAGCGUGCGUCCCCCGUUCGGCGGCUCGGAGCUCUCCCCGCCCGGCUCCCAGACCCAAACCCAGACCAGCACGCUCGGCGGGCAGGGAAGCUUCGGGCCCGGUGCAUUCACCGACUCUCCGCUCGCCCAGCAGCAGCAACAGCAGCCAUUAGACCAGCAGGCGCCCGGCGCAUCAUGGAUGAAUAAACGCGCAGAGGAGGAGUAUCAGCGCGCUAUGGAGUAUGUGGUCGAUCAGGAUUUUAAUCUGGAUGAGUUCGGAGAUCCGUUUGAUGAGCGGGAUAUGGAGGAGAUGCUGGUCUAG